GCGAGUCCAGGUGUGCGCCGCGCCUCUCGCCCUUCCAGAACCCGCCCACGCCAAUCCGUGCUCUCGUCGCGACAUUCCUCGGGCGUAAAGGGAGAGCUUAUGCUUAGUGAAAGUGGCUGUCUUGCGCCGAGGAGCAGUCACGCCGUCGAGGAGCAGCCUCCGCGCACGAGGGGAGUGAGAGAGGGGAGACGAGGGGAGAGCGGCAACUGGUGGUGUCACGGGGGCUGGAGCACAAGGCGCGGCGGGGGGUCGAGGGCGCAGCCAGCCAGCGGGGGAGAAGUGAUCACGCAUUGCUUCACGUACUAACACAAGAUGGAGACGGAGAUGAAGGAGCUUUCGCGGCGGGGCAGCAAGGGCGCCGAGGAGGACGGGCUGGAGAUCGACCGGAGCCCAGGGAGUGAGUCCCCCGCCAGCGCAGGGAGCACGGCGGGCGCAGGAGGCGGCGACGGCGAGGGCAGCAAGGACGAGGACGUGGAGUCCGGCAGGAGCGCCAAGGAGCAGCCGGUGGUGAAGCGGGACACGGUGGUGGUGCGGCUCGGGGAGGGCAAGCUCACGGGGCCGAUGCGCUACAUCACCUGCUACGCCACCGUCUUCACCUUCGUGGUGAUGACGGGCGGCAUCGUGUGGCUCCUCAUGAUCUCGCCGCCCUACAACCCGCGGCCGCUGCCCGGGCGAGAAUCCGCCGCGCCCACCGCCUCUUCGCCGCUCACGUCCGAGACGCCCUUCAGCACCUUCAUGGUCGAGCUGGACGUCGACGAGGCGGGCUGAGGCCACGGGAGGGCGCGCCGCUAGGUCGGGAAUCGCCUUGGGAAUUCUGGAAAUCAGGACAAGUCUGAGGAGCUCGCCAGCGCCUUCUGCGAAGGCACCGGGAAAGGCCGGAAAUUCCUUCGUUUCUGCUGAAGAGUCAACGUCACUUUUCCACACCCUUUCAAAUUGUAUAAGCUGCAUAAGUGAAAUGUUCACAAAAACGUUACUUUCUUCUGAAAAAAAAAAAAAACAUUCGACUUUCGUAGCAGAAACACAUGCAAUUCGGCCUACUGAACUAUACCCAAGUAAAAGUAAAAUUAGAAAAAGAAAACGAAAGCAAACGCAUAGGCACAUACUUUCCAAUAGGCUCUUUCUCCUGAACAAGUGAAGAUGCUGCAGUUACAAGAAAAGGCUUGAAACCGCCAUCUUCUUGGCAAACACAUCCCGGUACAAGUGCUGAGGGAACGGUCAGUGGUAGUUCAGACUUUCUUUUUAUAAUAAUCUGUAUUUUGUGUAUAAUGAUAAUCAAUGGUUAUCUCUUAAUGUGAUAUUGUCAAUCAUUCAACUUUUUAUACUAUAGAUCGAAAGGCGGGAAAUCACCAGAAAUAGUUAGGAUAUAUGGACUACAGUAGACGCUUGAAACGGAUAAGAACAUUUGCUUGGAGUGAUUGCACUGGAAGCCUAGAGGUGCAGUUUAUAUUCAAA